GUUGGGCCAAAUUUUAAAGUUUUUAAGUUAUUAAAGUUUAUUUUUUGACUGAGUGGCCUGCAUAUAAAAGAGCUACUCCCAUCUCCCAUUCAUCACCUCAUUUUCAUCAUCAUCUCUCCACAUUACAAACACCAUGAAGUUGAAUCCGUUGAACAUUCCAGAAAUCCUCUCGCUUGUAGGCGACUUCCUCGAUCGAAAAGAUAUCCCAAGCUGUCUCCGCGUCUCCAAGGCUUUUCACAAUACACUGCUAAAGUCCAUAUGGAAAAGGAUCGUCCUUGGAUCUCGUUAUGAGGAUCAGAUUGAUUAUCCUAAUGAAGAAGCACUCCAGAACCACAAGAAAUAUAUUGAGGAGCUUACCUUCCGUUAUUCCUUCCCAGAGGAAUUCAAGUCAUUACAAGGUUGCGAUCGUCUUCGAUUUGUCGAGUACUGGGCGAGAUCAUCAACGUCAUGGCAUCCGUCCGAACUGAGUCACAUUUCGAGCCUUCUCAAGACCCACAGCUCCACGAUCACUGGCUUUUGCUGCAGCAAUUCGAGCUCACGGGAGCUCUGGGAGGCACUACUGGAAUGCACCAAUCUCAAUUACUUGGAUGUUUUCAAUAUUCAAAUAGGCAAUGAUCAAGUCGACCUGUUCCUUCAGGUUUGCAAGAAAGUUAAGCGCUUGGACUUGCGUACAGUAUCAAUCUCUCAGCUACCUACCGAUUUCUUACCCCGCAACACCGGUAGCAGCGGAGACACUGAUAGCAGUGAUCACACUGAUAGCAGCGGCAACACUGAUAGCAGCGGCAACACUGAUGAUACCAAUAACACUGACAGUACCACUGUCACCGUCGACAACAUUGUUAACACCGAUAACAACGACAAAUAUAUUUUCCCGAAUAUGCGUACGCUCAAUCUUAGGGGCGUCUUAAUAAUCCGCCCUCCAUAUCCAUACACAUCAGCAUAUUGCUUUGGUAUGUUGGCUCGGAGAUGUCCUACAUUGUAUGCAUUGACAUUCGAUGUUUUCAACCUAAGCGACCAACCUUUUCAACAAGCAUAUAGUGACUUCUACAGGGCAGUUUUCCUUCAACAACCCUAUACGCUGGUAAAUUUGUCAGAUCUAUCUAUCCCAACGAUGACUAUAAAAGACAAGGAUAUGGCGGUACUUCUCAGACAAACGACUGAACUAAAACGACUGGAUGUCCCAUGUUGUGAUUUCGGUCCACUCUCUAUGCGUGAAUUGCUAGCAGACAAACAAUUGGCAUUGAAUAAUGGACACAUGGUGCAAGAGAAAAGGCUGCGGAGGCUCUGUGAGACAGUCGAGACAAUGGCAUUCAAUGUACGGAAUUUUAGGACGGAUGGUAUUGUUCAAACGAUCUUAUCCAAUUGUCCAUCCCUAAAGCAACUGACCGCACCUAAAAUCACAGUGACAGAAAUCGCCAAUGGCUCAGAGUGGGUCAGUACUGAUCUUGUCAAGUUGAGCAUCUACCUUGAGGCUGAUGUUGAUCGGGAGACAGCAGAAGGCAUGGCAAAGCAACGCGCUGUGUUUAAACAGCUAGGCAAAUUGACCCAACUACAAUAUCUCGAUUUGAAAGGUUAUUACAGUUCAGGAUACGAGGGGAAACGGACACUGGACUUGAGGCUAAGGGCAGGUCUGGACGAGCUAAUCAACCUAAGGAAUCUGGAUCGAUUUGAAUUCAUAGAUGACAACCAUAAACUAAUGCAACCUGAGGAUGUGACAUGGAUCAUCACCAACUGGCGAGGGUCCAAGAGUUGGAGAACAAUGUGAGCUGUGGUCCCAGAACGAUUAGCAUCAGCAGAAAGUAAUAUACUGGGGUCUCGCAAUCUCCAGUUUCAAUGCUCAAGAUACCGACAGACAUUCCCAAAAUUUAGAAGCCAUGAGCAAGCUCAAGAAGUUAGAAAAAAGGAAAAGGCUUAUACAUAUAUACAAUGAACAGUGGCAUAUAGACUGCACGACUACAGGAUUUCAGACAGACAUGAAUACAAUAGCACGAACAGCAUAGAUUUUAUAUAGAUACAAUUAGAUUAGAUUAAAUUAUAAACUGACG